GCAUCGCUUUAAUCCUGGGCGAUUAUCGUCCAGCAUAUGUUGUCUAGUUAGUCGAGCCGAUACUGUUUUAGAAACGCGCGCGGUCGUGCUAGUAAGGACGCAUUGUGAAAAUGACAUCCCGUCUCGAAAAGGAGCGCGCUAAGCAGAUCCAAGAUAAAUGUCAGAAUUUAUUGACGGAAAUGCUUCGUGAUGAAGACAACAAGUACUGCGUCGAUUGUGACGCGAAAGGACCAAGAUGGGCUAGUUGGAAUCUGGGAAUUUUCUUAUGCAUUCGAUGUGCUGGCAUACAUAGAAAUCUUGGGGUUCACAUAAGCAAAGUCAAAUCUGUUAAUUUGGACACAUGGACACCAGAACAAGUAGUGAGUUUACAACAAAUGGGCAAUUCUCGAGCUAGAGCAGUCUAUGAAGCAAACCUUCCAGAUAGUUUUCGAAGACCUCAAACAGAUUGUAGUCUUGAAAGUUUUAUCCGGGCAAAAUAUGAACACAAAAAGUACAUUGCCAGAGAAUGGGUGCCACCUCCUAUGCCAAAAGUAAAUUGGGAUAAAGAACUUGAUGAAGAAGCUGAGAGACAACGUAGACGAAAAAAGGAGAGUUGCAAAGGAGCUACCAAUCAAAACGUACUUCCACCUGUAAAAAAACCAGAAGUAGUGCCUCAACUGCCAAAACCUCGUUCUGUCAGCUUCAGUCCGAAAUUGGGUAGAACAAACAAUUCUGCAACUUUGGAUCUCUUAGGUCUUGAUGCACCAACAGCUAAUCAAACAAAUGUCAAUGGUUCUGGUGAUGAUAUAUUUUCAUCCUUCUUGUCUGCACCACCUGCUUCAGCGACCUCAACUGGAAAUGAUACUUCUGAUGCAAAUAAUACAACCACUAUUACAAGUAAAAACGAGGAAGAAAGUUUCUUUGACCAAUCAUCUCUUAGGUCAGUAUCUCAGGAGAAAAGUAAAAUGACAAAGGAUAGUAUUUUAGCACUGUAUGGCACACCAAGUCAUCAACCAACAAUUUAUGGUGUCCCAGGAACAGUGUAUCCUCAUCAGCAUCCUAUACCAUAUAAACAGCAGAUGACAAAUGUGGGCGCAUUUGGACAACAAAGUUCCUUGGGUCAACUUGGCCAACUUCCAACACAAAUACCAGUUACAAACCAAAUACCCGUUAAUCAAAAUCAAAUUCUAGCGAAUCCUAAUUCGAUAGGUGUGGUAGCAGCUAAUCCUUUAAAUAAUUGCUUACAUAUGGGACAAUUGAAUCAGCUGAAUGGAAUAUCAAAUUCCACUAUCACAAUGCCACCUCAAAUGAUGAUGCAAUUAGGACAAAGUAAUAUCGCUAGUAAUAACGGAUGGAGCGGCAUGUUGACGCAGAAUCUCCAACCAGCUCCUGGUAGUAACCCAUUUUUUAAUUUAACAGCACAGCAACAAACUGCUACAUUUGCUACUCAGUUACCGCAACAAAUAUCGCAGAUAUCUCUGAGUGACAUGAAUUUUGCUACUACGACGGGUAAACCUGCCGCUGCUACGCUACCAGGACAGACUCUUUCUACUAACUUGUGGCAGUAAAAAGAUAUUACGGAUAUUGUUAGCCUGUUGAUUAUUUCAUUCAGUGUUACGUACUAGUGUCGACAGUUUAUUAUUAUAAACGUAAUAACGUUUCUGUGUCCAUUCGAGAUAUCGCUUUCGAAAGUAAUGGAACGGAAGAUAAUACAUAAAUGAAAUAGAAAAAAGAAAAGAAAAACUACUCGAAUGCUGCCUCAUACGAAACAUGAUUCGUGAAUGUGUAUAGUGCUUCGAGUUGGUAAAUAUUUUUCUUGAAAGAUCCUCGUCAGCUUUCAAUAUUGUUGAAGAAGAGAAACGAGAUAAGAGAAUAAAAUGUGUUUCUGACGAAUCAUAAGAAGUUAUUCGUGAAACUAAAUAUGUAUCUGUUAAGGUACAAUUAUAUUGCUAGAAUAAGAGCUUUUGUAAUUGCAAUUAAAAUAUGUGCCAGGGUCCACUUUCAGAGUAAUGAGGUAUUCAUUCAAAUCGAUAGUAUAGGAAACUGUAUAAUUUCAAUGAACUCAGAUUUCGACAAUGUAGAUGGACAAAAGUAUAUACUGUGAUAAACAGUAAUUAACAAUUGGCGCAAUGUUAUACAUUUUCCUACAUCGACAUUGAAAGUUGAAUUCACAGAGAUCAUACUGAUUUUUAUUCCUAAAACCUGGCUUCAUAAUUCAUUUUAACUGGAGUUUAAUUCAUUAAAAGUUUAUCCAGAUAAGUUUAUAGUUAAUAAUGCAUAUUCAUACAGACAUUGAUUAAUUGUGUGUCUAAUAUAAAAGAUAUAAAUUCUUUUAUUGCAUGGAUAAUGAUUAAUUGAUUUCCUUGUAUAACAUGUGAUUAUGUCAGUUUGAAUGGGUUUUCAACUACAGUUAAAGUAAUUUGUGAAACCAGGUUUAAUUCAAGUAGAAAGAGCAUAUGUGUGCAUGUAAGUUUCGUCAGAAAUGUAAAAAGACUUUGAUUUGGAACUUAUUUUUAAGGUACUAUAAUUGACACGUACUCAAUGUGUGUGUCUACUUUUAUUAUGUAUUAUUAAUUAGAUUAAAAUUUUUUGUAAGUGCAUUCUUACAUUUACUUGUAAUAUUAUAGGGAAAGUAUUCACGUUUGAAGAGUAAUGUUUCACAUACGUUUGAGAUCUAAUUCUCACUUAAACGUUGUCCAAAAUAUAGUUCGAUUCUGUUAUUAUUGUCACGAUUUAUACAGGAUAAUUAAAAAUUCAAGGUCAUUAACUUAGUAGUUGAUUAGUCAUAAAAAAAUAAAAAUUUACAUAAAUAUUUGUUUUAAUAUCUAUUAUUAUAUACCGAGUUUACGGUCUUAAAAUCAAGAAAUAAAAAUUAUCAACUUUUUUCUGAUUUCUUCUCUUCUUACAAUUUGAUAAUUAUGAUAUAUGUGUUAAUGUGAUUUUAGAGAAUGAGCUGAAAAAUGGAAUAUAUGAUUUUUUGAGAAAGAAAAUUUUUAUAAAAUAUUUGGAAAAAAUUAAAUAAAUAUCGGCUUUCUCAAUUUUUAUAUAAAUUAUUAAAUUGUGAUCAUAAUCUCGGAAUAAUCACAUUAGAUGAUUCAUUAGAAAUCUCUGAUAUUCCGAGAUCACUGCUAGAACGGGAUAAAAAAUUUCACGUGAUUAUGAAAAACAUACAAUUCUUUAAUAAGAAAAGAUAAUUCUUUUAAAAACUCUGUCGAAUUUCUUUUAAUUAAAAAAAAAUUCAGAUAUUUUUGUAAAUUCUCUUGAGAUUUUUUAAAUAAAGAAAAUUUUUUUUAAUUAAAAGAGGUUGUGUAUUCUAUUUUGCAAUGUUAUUAAUUAUAAAAAUUAUUGUCUUUUUUUGCGGUCUUCUUAGUUUAUGACAUCAGAAGCGAAAAAAUAUAUGUAAAAGUACUUGUAAAAUAUAUUGAAAUAAAAUAUGUUUACAAAAUGA